GGUGGGCAGGGCGCCGCGCACUUUCACUUUGAUACGCUGGACGAAUUGGGGAGACUGGUCUGGUCUGCUACGCAAUCCACAUGAUAGGAGAUGAGAAUAUUAUUAAUUUUCGAUCUAUUUGAGAAAUCAUAAUAUGGUGGGCAUGUUGUAUGUAUAUGUGUCGUCUGUAUAUUCUUUACUGUUUUUCAGGAAUAUACCAACAUAGCCUAAGUCGUAAUUGAAUAGGCUCAAUAGCAAAAGUGAAAGCAUAUGGACUGUAGGCUAUUGUUUAAAUCCUAAACUAUCCUAUUGAAACGUCGUGAGACAAUAUGCUUAAAGUUCUCUUUUUGACGGGAUACCUUAUGACCUACGCCUCCGGCGAAGGAGGUGCCGACGUGGUUCUGUCAUGCUCCCUGGUGGAGGAGGCAUCAGGGCUGGAUGACAUGGGAGACAGAGCUCCGUUCUCCCGAAGUCCGGCUACACUGGUCCUGAGAGACGUGUCCAUCAGCCCAGACCAAGUGCCUGACACGCUCACCCCAUUCGUCCCACCCACCGUCCCGGAUCCUGACCUCAUCCUCAUAGAAGCCACAGCAUCCUCCCCUGCCAUCCCUGAUGUGGACUUGCUGCUCCACGCUGACUGCAACGAGCAGGAAGUGGCGUGUGAGAUCAGCCGCUAUCACUUCCCCCAGGGCGCCGCCGGGGGUGAUGAUGAGGACCACCCAGCACCCGCCCACUUCUUCAUCGCCACCCUGGAGCUGGAGGGCGGCGGGCUCAGCACCGCGCUGGUGCUCCGGACCCUGGGGCUCCCGGCACCACCAGCAGCAGCAGCAGACCCAGGGCCAGGAGACCGGACCCUGGGAGAGGGGAGGCUCGGCCUGCCGCUGAGCCAGUCGGGGUCCCUGCUGACCGAGGUGGUGUUCAUGGUCUUCUCCAGAGAGAAGGAGCUCACUGCUCCUCUGGGCGGGGACGUGCUCCUAAACUGUGGCUUCAGGCAGCAGGAGGCGCUGCAGGAAGUGGGACAGGAAGUCUCUGUGGAGUGGUGGUUGCAGCACCAGGGGCAUGGCAAAAGGGUCCUGGACCUGAAGCUGACUGGAUCCCAGGAGCACUCAGAAUCAGUAGUCAAGAGAGAUGGCUCCAGCAUGGACCCCGCCCUGCUGGUGGCAGAUGGUAAUGCAUCCUUGACCCUGCGGAAACUAAAGGUAUCAGAUCAGGGGACUUACAUCUGUACAGUCAACGUCGGCACCUUUCAGGCUCAGCAGACCGUUAGACUCCAUGUCAAUCAACUUCCACGUGUGUCCCUCUCAGAGGAAAAGCUGGUUUCUCAGGAAUUUCCCCACAAACUGAGCUGCAAUUGCCAGAACUACUAUCCACUGGAUUGCAAGAUGGAGUGGUUCUCGGUAUCCCCUGACGACGUGGAGAGGACAGAGCUGAGUGGGGAGAUGUCCCUAUCCAGCCACCGUCAGCACGGUGACGGGACCGUCUCCCUGUCCUCCCACCUCUACCUCCAGCGCCGCAGCCUCCCCCCCGGCACCGGCCUCAUCUGCAGGGUCAGCCACCCUGCCCUUGGGUCCCCCAUCUCAAUCAGCCUGGUGGUGCAGCCACCCGCCUCCGUGCGAACAGAAGUCUACUGGAUGGGGCUGGGUUUCCUGCUGAUCACUGUGCUGUUCUUCUACCAGCUCAUGAGAUAGAACAUCUCUUCCAACAGGACUCAAGAGACCUGACUCGAGAAAUAGCAGCUUCAUAGAGGUUUCUUUAUUUUUUUUCAAUCUAAAAUUGCUUUAGUUUACAUAAAAAUUAAGUUUUAACUAUAUGGGAAGGAGAAAAUAAAAUAUGUCCCUAUGGUCUUUCUAAACCUUAAUUACUUUUGUCUUUUCAUUAUACACACACCCACAUGCACAAACACACACACACACACACACACAAGAGUACACACACACACACGCACCGCCUCAUCUUUACUGGUCACUUAAUCUUAUUUGUUAUUAUUAACAUAAAGCCAUUCAGAAGUUAUGAAAGACACUAAGCACAGGAAAUUAAAUAAACAAAUAAAUGACGGAUCUAUAUGAUGAAUCACCAACAAAAAAAACUAUUAGCUACAGCGCCUUGAAUCACAAAUACACACACACAUACACGCACAGCAAA